AGGAACUUGACAGUGAGGUGGUUGCUUGUGGAUCCACAAGCCAAAACUUAGGCUGCUCUGCUGGUCUUGUGGAGCCACAAGCAAAAGUUGCCUGUUUGAUGGCAGGAUGAAAGUAAGAUUCCCACAUUGUCUGUUGGAUGAACGUGUCUGCUGUCAUGUGGUCGCCGCUUGUUUCCAUCGCAGUCUGGGUGACGUUGCUUCCACUGCUGGCCUUUCACUUCGUUCUCAGCAAACGAAUAAACUCUUUUGCUGGACCAUACAUUGCUUUUGCCCACUCAUGGGAAUCCUGUCCAUCUGACAAGACCCUGGAACUACUUUUCCGUCCGAGCCAUUUCAGCCGAAGUCGGCCAUAUGACCUACAAACAAUUUCGGGAAACAUUUCGUUUAAGGGAGAAAUUACCGACAAUACUUUGACAGAAGCUGAUCUUGCUAUAUGGUCGAACAACCAAUGGAAAGAAAAUGCUUUCAUCUUUCGUAUCCCAAGGACCGGGUGCUCUGUAAUCCGCGACGAUAUUCCUGACUUUUUCCGCAUUCUAACAAAAUAUAAUGGAGCCAGGAAGGACCCAUGUGUCGUACCAGCGGCACACAGCGUUUUAAAGAAUGAACCGGUGAAUUGGACAUUUCCUCACUUCCCAAUCAUGCCAUACGGGCGUUACCGAUUUCAGUAUCGAGCGCGGAAAACUCGUGAAGGCCCCGCUAUUCUGUGCGUGUCGGUCGACUGUGAGGUCAUCCCGAAGCCAUGAUGGUCAGGAUCCCGGUCACCAUCUUACGCCGCCAUGAGACGAAGAAAACCAACACUGGGCAAACCAGCCCUCAAAACUAGC